UGGACCGAUAUUAAGUCGAAGGCGGUGUUUUGGCUGUACGGUGACGUUUUAAGGCAGGUCCUGGUCAAACCUACCAAUGAUACAAGUCGGUCCUAUUCUAUUGGGACUGAUCGCAAUGAACGGGUGCCGGAGCUCUGCACGGCAAAGGAGCAACCACAGCGAGACGAGGCGAUCAAGGGGAUGCGGCAUCGGUACGCUGGAGCUGUCCAUCAGCACCAAAUCCCCGACGAAAAGCAAGGAAACAGCAAGCAGAACCCAGACCCAGUCGCUCCUGUUUUCAGCCUGCCGCCCCCGCCCUCUUCUCAUCACCGAGACCGCACUUCAACAGCCGCCGCUCACCGCCAGAGCCUCCAGGAGCUCCCGUGUCUGAGCCAGCCCUCUCGGAGACCUGUUCACAGUGGCGACCCUCUACCUCUGGCGAGAUACGACACCGCCCAGCGUACUUCACACCGGGGCGGUGAACCCAGCACCGGGCAGCCGGCGCACCUGCAGCAGGAUCCUUGGGCCCCGACCGGUUCUCAGCCGCAGCAGCCGCCGCCGCCGCCGCCGCAGUCGGAGAAGCAGCCUGUUUUUCCAAGCUGCCACUGCAGUUUUUCCGAGCAGGAGGCGAGCCUUUCUCAAAAUCAGCACCAUCCUUUCGAUCCUCUCCCACCGCAGCCCUCCCCACCUUUUCCGCCGCCUAUACCACCGCCACCAACGUCGUCCUCCUCCUCUCUGCUGUUAACCCGGGAAUCUAAAAGAGGGGAUCGUCUCCAAAGGAGUGCCAAUAAUUACCAACAGGCAAGCAUCGUGGAACGCUGCAGGGGAGGAGGAGGAGCAGGAGGGCACCGAGACCACAGGCAGUUGUUGCAGCAGCAGCAGCAGAAGCAACAACAGCAUCAACAGCACAGUCAUUUAAGACUCCAACAGAGGGACCCCUCCCCUGAAGGAAUCCGUGCAAACUCGCAGAAAGGGCGCUCUUUAAAUGUAUGUGAGUCAACCGAGGCUAACAGGAGAGCAUUCGAGUCUCAGACUCAGGACCUGCAGCAGCAGCAGCAGCAGCAGCAACAGAUCCCACAAUUACGAGCGCAGCAACAGCUACUGGUGGGGAGCAGCUUGCCUAUCAACUACUGCGCCAGCGGCUCAGGAGAGCUAUGUAGGACUCACCAGGCACCACUGCUGCAACAGCAAGAGCAGCAGCAACAGCGGCAGCAGCAGCAGCAAAGCGCACUGGGGCUCUGUCCCCAGCGUCCGCAGCACUGUGAACAAGACCGCAAUAAGUCUGGGAGGAUCUCCGCGCAAGGCGACCAGGCGCAGCCACACAGCCGCGACUCCCGCAUAACCCCCCCGGUACCACAACAGGCAUACGCGGGGAACUCGUCUGCGACUGUCAGCAACAGCAGCAAAGACAGCCCCAACUACGGCUCGAGCUAUCACCUGUGGCCAGAGAGCCCGCAUAAAGGAGAGGAGAGGAUACGCAUCGACCUCCAUAAGGCCACUACUGAGAACAAGAAGCUGAGCCAUGCUGGAUCCAAGCCCUCCCUCUCCGAGAGCAGCGGCCGACUCCCUCAGAUAGCCAUGAACACCUGCAAGUACAAUGGCGGAGUGGUAAGACCACUAGUGGGCAGCCUGGCGUCCUCGUCGCGCCGCAACCUCGCGGAGCUCGACUCGGAGACGCAGCCCUUGCAGACGCUGCACAGCUCUGGCCUGGAAGUGGUGGUGUCCAAGGGCAACGGCGGCGAAGACCCCAGCAAGGCGUCCAACGAGAGCUUGGUCAGGGAGGGCAGCGGGCAUGGCGGAGGCAGGGCGCCGCAGAAGAAGAACAGGGACAUUGGCUACAAGCUCGGCCACCGGAGGGCACUGUUUGAGAAGCGGAAGCGGCUCAGCGACUACGCACUCAUCUUCGGGAUGUUUGGGAUUGUUGUCAUGGUGACAGAGACGGAACUGUCAUGGGGGGUUUACACUAAGGAAUCUUCAUACUCAUUUGCACUGAAAUGCCUUAUCAGCCUUUCCACUGUUAUAUUGCUUGGUCUUAUAAUAAUGUACCAUGCCCGGGAAAUCCAGCUGUUUAUGGUUGACAAUGGUGCGGACGAUUGGAGGAUAGCCAUGACGUAUGAGCGUAUCUUCUUCAUCGUGCUGGAGCUGUUGGUGUGUGCCAUCCAUCCCAUCCCGGGCCAGUACGUCUUCACAUGGACGGCGCGGCUGGCCUUUACCUACACUCCGUCGGUGGCCGAUGCCGACGUGGACAUCAUCCUCUCCAUCCCCAUGUUCCUGAGACUCUACCUGAUAGGCAGGGUCAUGUUACUCCACAGCAAGCUGUUUACGGACGCUUCGUCUCGCAGCAUCGGUGCCCUCAACAAGAUCAACUUCAACACACGCUUUGUCAUGAAGACCCUCAUGACCAUCUGUCCAGGAACUGUUCUGCUGGUGUUCAGUAUAUCCUCCUGGAUCAUUGCUGCAUGGACUGUGCGCGUCUGUGAGAGGUAUCAUGACAAACAGGAAGUGACCAGUAACUUCCUGGGAGCCAUGUGGCUCAUCUCGAUUACCUUCCUCUCGAUUGGCUACGGGGACAUGGUACCACACACGUACUGUGGGAAAGGCGUGUGUCUGCUUACAGGGAUUAUGGGGGCUGGUUGCACUGCACUGGUGGUUGCAGUGGUAGCCAGGAAGCUGGAGCUUACCAAGGCUGAGAAGCAUGUCCACAAUUUCAUGAUGGACACACAACUCUGCAAACGAGUAAAGAACACAGCUGCCAAUGUACUCAGGGAAACAUGGCUCAUCUACAAACACACUAAGUUGGUCAAGAAGAUUGAUCAUGCCAAGGUGCGGAAACACCAGCGCAAGUUUCUCCAAGCCAUUCACCAAGCUCAGAAACUGCGCAGUGUGAAGAUGGAGCAGAGGAAACUCAAUGAUCAGGCCAACACCUUGGUGGACCUAGCGAAGACCCAGAAUGUGAUGUAUGACCUGGUGUCAGAGCUGCAGGAGCGCAGUGAGGAGCUGGACAAGCGCAUCGGCACAUUGGAGGACAAGCUGGACUCGGUGACGGGCAGCCUGCAGGCGCUGCCCUGCCUCAUCUCCCAAGCCAUAACCCAGCAGCAGCAGGACUUCCUGGACGGCUUUGUUCACCGCUUUCGACCCGCCUCACUAGCCUCAGAGCGCUCUGAACGCUCUGAGCGAUCCUGGACUUCCACCGCCCGUAGGCGGCGCUCUCCCUCCACAGCACCACACACCUCCUCUGAUAGCGGAUAACCUUGACAAACCUUCUGCAAUCACCAUCGAGCCUCACCUUUCCCAAACUAACUCAUCACCUCAUUCUGUCCCAUCCAAAGCCAUCCCUGUAACCGCUGGCGAGUCCAACGUCUGGACUAAUAAUGAACCCAUAUCUUCACCCUGGCCUGAUCCUUGCCCUUAUUCUCUCUCUCCCUUCCACCCAUUCCCUCUCCCUUUCCUCCCCACCCAUCAAAUCCAAAAACCAAUUCCUCUGUGACUGAGCCUCUCAGCACAGGACUGGAUCAGAGCUACUCCAAAAGAACAAAGAAAAGCAAACAGACUUAAAUCAAGAAAAACACAAAUGCAUCUGAAAAAAGAAAAAGAGAAAAAAAAUUAAAAAUGACUGAAAAACCGAGAUAAAGUAGAGAUAUGGUUUAUGUUUUAGCCAUUGUAUGGCUGUUCAAGUUAGCUUUUUUGUAAAAGCCCUUGUAUAGUUAAAAAAUGACUGAGUUCAGGGUCGCUGGGGUGAGAGCUGGCUAUCACACCGGAGAGUCCUUAACCAAGAGGGGGGAAGUUGGUCUGUGGAGCUGAGGGCCUUGGCUCACCUGCUGGCCCUCUGAGGCCAUGGAGGACAUCUGUCCACCCAUCCGUCCGUCUAUCUGUUUAUACGGUGAGGAGAGCGAGACAAACCAUUGGAUUUCCCUUUCAAAAGACUAGUGUCAUGGAUUCUUUCCCAUAGGUUAGAGUGAAAGCUUUAGAGGAGGCUAUGAUAGCUCUGACUUCAGGUCAGUGUUUGAAAGGGGGAGGAGAAACUGUCACACAAAAGAAGAGCAAAGGGGAUACAUAUGGAAUUACUACUGGGUAGGAAAAAUUUACACAGUUGCCAACUUCAAGGUUUCAGCUUCCUUGUUCUUACCAAGGGAAAAUGAGAGCGACUAUCUUUUUUAGUUACAUAUUGACAUGUGAUUUUUCAGUGCCUGAAUGUAUAAAUAGUAGAGGGUUAUUUAAUUACUAAUUUCAGAGCUUUUUUACGAUGUUAACAGUCUGAAUACAGCAUUGCAUUCCUUUUUCAGAUACAUUCCUCUCCAAAACUUUAAAGAAAAUGUCUUAAUGUAAUGCAUAACAUUGCCUCCAUUACACAGCAACUCUAAAUGUUUUGAAAACCUUUUUUCCCCCCUAUUUCUACUAACACCAUGAGAAAUGAAAAAGUUCAGAGAGUAAGCGAAAGUGAGACAGACUGAGAGAAUAUUUGUGACUGUGUUUGUUAGAGAACAUGUUCACUUUUAACUCAAUGCUGCACAGUCAUACACAUAACAAUGAAAUAUGUAGUAGUCUACCUUUCUCACCACUACCAAUUAGAGCUUCCUGUGGUCUUCAGAUAAUGGCAUGGCUUGAGGUCUGCUGGUAUAUACGGACCCACAGGCGCACAUCAUUGGUCGAACUAGGAAACCAACUCUGCCCCUUUGCAUGGUUUAGUGCAAAAAUAACAAUGGAACACAAUCUUCCGUGGAUGGCUUGAUGAUUUAGAUUUUAGUUUACUUUUGUUUGUUUGUUGCCUCUAUUUCUUUUAUCAUUUUUUACUAAAAGUUCCCUUUUUUUACUAGGAUACCUAGGGUUUGUAGAGUUGCAGAACCUAGAGAGUUGCAAUGUGAUUCUGUAAUGCAUUCCCUGUUAAAAAUAUGAGAUGAAGACAAAGUGCUAAUACAAAAGAAUCCUGAAAGGAUACAAAUAAAAGUGCUGAAGAAACUUUGA